UUCCUCUCCUCCCUGACGUCUCCUCCUCUUCUUCUUCUUGUGUCCCUGCAGCCAAAGCAGGUGACAUGUUACCUCCUGUUCUCGCUGGGCACCGCCGUGAUCGGCUCUCUGCAGUUUGGUUACAACACAGGAGUCAUCAACGCUCCCGAGCAGCAACUACGCUCGUUCUUCAACGCUACCUGGGUGGAGCGUUAUGGCGUCCCCAUCAGCCCCGGGGUCUGCACCAUCGUGUGGAGCGUCGCUGUCGCCAUCUUCAGCGUGGGCGGCAUGGUGGGCUCCUUCAGCGUGGGAGUCAUGGCAAACAGAUUUGGCAGACGUCGCUCCAUGUUCCUGGUGAACAGUCUGGCGGUGAUCGGCGGCGUCCUCAUGGGCCUCGCCACCAUCUGCUCCUCCUAUGAGAUGGUGAUCGCCGGUCGCCUGGUCAUCGGCCUCUUCUGCGGCCUCUUCACCGGUUUGACUCCCAUGUACGUGGGCGAGGUGUCACCCACUCCCCUCAGAGGAGCCUUCGGUACUCUUCAUCAGCUCGGGGUGGUGGUCGGGAUCCUGAUCGCUCAGAUCUUCGGUCUGGAGUUCCUGCUGGGCUCUGAGAAGCUGUGGCCCCUCCUGCUGGCCCUCACCGUGGUCCCCGCCGUGCUGCAGUGCAUCCUGCUGCCCUUCUGCCCCGAGAGCCCGCGCUUCCUGCUCAUCAACCUGAAACAGGAGGAGCAGGCGCGCAAAGCGUUGGUGCGUCUGCGCGGCAGUGAGGACGUGAGUAAAGACCUUCAGGAGAUGAAGGAGGAGAGCGCCAAGAUGGCCAUGGAGAAGAAGGUGACCAUCCCCGAGCUGUUCCGCUCGGCGGCGUACCGACAGCCCCUCCUCAUCGCCGUCAUGCUGCAGCUCUCCCAGCAGCUGUCAGGGAUCAACGCUGUGUUCUACUACUCCACCGGCAUCUUCACGUCUGCGGGGGUGAAACAGCCGAUCUACGCCACCAUCGGAGCCGGCAUCGUCAACGUCCUCUUCACGGUCGUCUCUCUCUUCCUGGUGGAGAAGGCGGGACGGAGGACUCUGCACCUGCUGGGAUUGGGUGGGAUGGCGGUCAGCGCUCUCCUCAUGACCAUCUCCCUCCUGCUGAAGGACUACUCCAUCAUGAGCUACUUUGCCAUCGUGGCGGUCAUGUUGUUUGUGGCCAUGUUUGAGCUCGGUCCCGGUCCCAUCCCGUGGUUCAUCGUGGCCGAGCUGUUCUCCCAGGGGCCCCGCCCGGCCGCCAUGGCCGUGGCCGGCUGCUGCAACUGGACGGCCAACUUCCUGGUUGGAAUGAGCUUCCCCAAACUAGUGGAACUGUGCGGUCCCUGGGUCUUCCUCAUCUUCACCGCCUUCCUCAUCCUCUUUUUCAUCUUCACCUUCAUCAAAGUCCCCGAGACGAAGGGCAAGACCUUCGACGAGAUCGCCCAGUGCUUCGGCAGCGCCCCGCCUCCCUCCUCCUCGUCCGUGGAGGACCCCCCUGCCGGCGCCAGCACCGCCGUCACGCUGCCCGCCUCCCCGGUGAAGGAGAAGGUGCCGCUGGUGGAGGCGCCGGCGGCUGCUCCGCCCCCUGCGGCGGCUGAAAGCAAGCCGCUCGACGAUAAAUCAAACUCGACGGUGCAGGAGAGUCUGUAGAGCAGCUAGACGGCGUACACUGUAGUCAGCUAUCACACCUCGGAACAGUAGAAACUUUUAUAAUAGACCAGAUCUACAGCGUUACCUAGGCGAUAGGCUCUGACCUCUAAAGGUCGUGCUUCUUUCUGCGAUAACUCCUUCGACGUUUCCUACAAAACUUUCCUUUUUCCUUCCUGAACCAUGAAAGGGAAGCGGCUCACU